CUGCCACGCAGGUUGGUUCAUUCACUACCGGCUUUACCCGGUUUCCCUCCGGUGGUUUCCCAAACCCUAUCUCCUUAACCCAACACAACCCAGAAAUGCAAUUCGAACCCGACGAAUAAUUUGUUCUCUUCUCUUUUCAUGGCUGACGGCAUUGAAUCCUUCGACCAUGUCCCUCAACAGAGCCGCCGUGAUAAGCUCCGAGAACAACUCGACCGCUCCUCUUUCCUCCCUUUUUACGACCCCUCAUUAAUUUCCUCCUCCGACAUCCUCUCUACCGCCGCCGCCGCCGCCGCCAACAAUCCUCUUUUCCAAUUCCACCACCCCUUCUUCGACACACAAAUUCCCUCGUCCCUCUUGCCCGAUUCCAACAACCCUGUUCUGUUAAACCAUUGCUACGCCGCCUUCAAGCCCGGACCCCUCUCUUUAUCUCUCUCCUCUCAGCCCUAUCUGAGUACUGUUAAUGUUCCUCUUGGACCUUUCACUGGGUACGCUUCUAUUUUGAAAGGGUCGAGGUUUUUGGAGCCUGCCCAGCAGUUGUUGGAGGAGCUCUGUGAUGUUGUUGGCCUUCGACGGACUCAAUCCUCUUCGGCCACUUCCGACAGUUUGAGUGACUGUGGAGUUGUUCAUCAUUCCUUUACUUUUAAUAAAUCUACCCUUGUUUCCAUGCUCGACGAGGUUUAUCGUAAGUAUAAGCAAUACUAUCAACAAAUCCAGGAAGUGAUGACAUCGUUCGAGUACAUCUCCGGGCUCGGGAAUGCAGCGCCCUAUGCCAACCAAGCUAUUAAAGCCAUGUACAAGCAUUUCCAAAGCUUGAAAAAUGGAAUUCUUGAACAACUUAAAUUCAAUAAAAGGACUCAUGGUGGUGACUACAGUCAAAGAUCGGUUCAAAACCCGGGAUUUCUUGACCUUCAGCCUGUUUGGCGACCGCAACGAGGACUACCUGAACAAGCAGUGACGGUUCUUCGUGGUUGGUUGUUCGAUCAUUUUUUGCAUCCUUAUCCUUCUGAUACCGACAAGCUUAUGUUGGCUAAACAGACUGGUCUGUCUCGUAGUCAGGUCUCUAACUGGUUCAUUAAUGCAAGAGUGAGGCUUUGGAAGCCAAUGGUUGAAGAAAUAUACAAUCUUGAAACAAAGCAAACACAGAAGAAUUGCCAUAGAGAAGAAGAUCGAAACGCGCAUCCUCCAUCGCGAAACGAACCUCAUGACAUACCAUUGGGAAUUCAAGAUGAGGCCUCUAACAUAUGUUACAACUUGUCAAGCCAUCCCCAUAUGGCGAGCAACAACAACAACGGCGGAGUUUCCUUAACUCUUGGCCUUCACCAGAACAAUGGCAUUGGCGGCUUCCGUGUUGGGUACGUAAUGGGUGGACAUUUUGGUAGAGAUGUUGUUGGAACUCAGCUGUUACAUGACUUCGUAGGCCGAAAUUCAUUGUGGUUGUAAAUGGGUUUCCUCUAAUUAGCUUCCUUCUCGGAGCUUGAGCUGAAUGGAAUUGAGAUCUUACCCUGUUUUCCUGACAGAAACAGAGUGGAAUGAGCGGGACCAUGUAUUGGGCCUUUAUUUUGGUCUCUUUAUAAUGAAGACGGUGGGAACCUAAUGUUUAUCAUCCACUGCUAGAUAUUGUCCUCUUUAGGCUUUCCCUUUUGGGCUUCCCCUCAAGGCUUUAAAAUCUCAAGGAAGGUUUCCACACCCUUGUAAAGAGUGGUUUAUUCUCCUCCCCAACCAAUAUGAGACAUCACACAAUGUGUGGGACACUGUAAUGGCUUGGAACCCGAGUGGAAUAAUUUGUUUUUUUUUUCAUGAAUAAGGUAAAAUGUGAGGGAAAAAAAGUGGUCAAAGAAAGAACAAUCUGUGUCCCAAAAAAAAAGGGAAGGAAAGCUUGUUCCAUCUUGCAAUUGGCAAGGGAAGAACAGAACAAACUCAUAAUUGUAUUGCAGCACCUUAUCAUGUGUUUCUCCUUUAUGCACGCUUUUUGUAAAACA